AUGCUCAACACAAACAAUCUCAGCAACAGAAUACCCAAGAAGCAAUACCCCACCAUUCAUUCCGCGAACAUGACAUCGCCACUGAACACUUCCGCACAAAGCACAGCCAGUGAAGCUCCUGUGCUUGAAUCGGCUGAUGUAACGCCCGAAGACUUUUUCCACGGGAAAACCAUAGUGGAGAUACAUGACGAAUACAAAGACCUUUGCAAUGGGCUCACUGAGAAAUUCACUGAAAGGAUUUCGAGCACACAGGAUGACAAGGAGACAGUUUAUCUGUUGGCGCUCAACAAAACGAUCAUGUGGCUCAUGGAUGAGUUGUCUUCGGCGCUCAUAAAGGCUACUUUCGAAGAUCAAUGUUUGACUUUCGACGAUCUGCCUAGAGAUUCACAGAAGAAAUUGCAGGAAGCGUAUGCAAAAGUUUCACAGCAUCGUCGAGACCUGGAGGAGGAUGAGCAACUUCGAGCACAGAAAAUCGAGGAGCGACCUGCAAACUUGAACAGUGAAAAAGAGCAAUAG